CCUGGUUGAGUUUGCAUUAGACCGAGCAGUGGUACUUGGCCAUUUAAGUUAGCUCCGUAUCACAGAACAAGCAUGGCCCUCCUGGAUCUGGCCGCGCAAGGGCUCGUCAUAUUCGGAUUCAUCCUGUUCCUAGUCCUUUGGCUCAUGCAUUUCAUGUCCAUCAUCUAUGUCCGACUUCAUCUCAACAAGAAGACCACAGACAAACAACCAUACAGUAAGCUUGUAGGAGUUUCCUUACUGAAACCCCUGAAAGGAGUGGAUCCCAACCUCAUCAACAACCUGGAGACGUUCUUUGAGCUUGAUUAUCCCAAGUAUGAAAUUCUCCUCUGUGUCCAAGACCACGACGAUCCAGCUGUUGACGUUUGCAAAAAACUGUUGGGAAAAUAUCCUGAAGUAGAUGCCAGACUCUUCAUUGGAGGAAAAAAAGUCGGCAUCAAUCCCAAAAUAAACAACCUCAUGCCGGGUUACGAGGGGGCCAAAUACGACCUGGUGUGGAUCUGUGACAGUGGGAUACGGGUGAAACCAGACACCCUCACUGAUAUGGCUAAUCAGAUGACAGAGAAGGUAGGGCUUGUGCACGGCCUUCCAUAUGUGGCGGACAGACAAGGCUUUGCCGCCACUUUAGAGCAGGUGUACUUUGGGACAUCCCAUCCGCGCUCCUACAUCUCGGCCAACGUGACAGGGUUCAAGUGCGUGACGGGAAUGUCCUGUCUUAUGAGGAAGGAGAUCCUAGACCAGGCCGGUGGGCUAAUCGCCUUUGCCCAGUACAUUGCUGAGGAUUACUUCAUGGCCAAAGCCAUUGCCGACAGGGGAUGGAAAUUCUCCAUGGCAACGCAGGUGGCGAUGCAGAACUCAGGAUCGUACUCGAUUGCACAGUUCCAGUCCCGCAUGAUCAGGUGGGCCAAGCUGCGCAUCAACAUGCUUCCGGCCACAGUGUGCGAGCCCAUCUCAGAGUGCUUCGUGGCCAGCCUCAUUAUCGGCUGGGCAGCGAACCGCGUUUUCCACUGGGACGUCAUGGUCUUCUUUUUGUGCCACUGCCUGGCCUGGUUCAUAUUCGACUACAUCCAGCUGCGGGGGGUCCAGGGCGGCCCCCCAUCCUUCUCCAAGCUGGACUACGCUGUGGCCUGGUUCAUCAGGGAGUCGAUGACGAUACGCAUCUUCCUUUCAGCCCUAUGGGACCCCACAAUAAGCUGGAGGACGGGCCGCUACCGUCUGCGCUGCGGGGGCACAGCCGAGGAGAUUCUGGAUGUAUAGCCCCCGAAAACAGGGUGUCCCCCCAGAGACCUCAGUGAAAGGUCGUGCCACACGAGAAAGGAACAAUCCGAGGCGGAGCCGCCAAUGCAAAGUGCGCAGGAGCCAGAGAGGAGGAGCAAAGAGAGUUUUCCAAAACAUUUCAAAGAAGAAAAAAUUAUCCUGUUUUUACUGUUUGUGGGUUUUUUGUCUUUUUUUUUUCUCUCGACACCCCCCCUUCGUGGAGUGGACGAAGGUGCUAGAACAAGAAGGCAAAUCUCCAAUGAAGGUAAAAGGGGGAAAAAAUGGGAAGGGAGGUGUUGAUGAGGGGCAAGGUAUAUACAGUAUGUUUUGGAAGUACAGGCCUCAUAUUUUUAUCCUGGUAAUGCCAUUUUGAG